GUUGAAACGUUACUGCUACACAGGGGCGCCGGUCCGCUCGGUUUACACUGACUGAAGUGGGGAUGUCUACAGUGAAGAAGAAGAAGAAGCAGAAGAAGAAGCAGAAGGGGGAGAGAGGUACCACUUUGUCACAGGCUGCUAUGUAGAUGAACCUUGAUUCAAUUAGUUGUUAUCCGGUCCUCUCUGUCUCAACGCGAGCCUUUAGUGUAUCCUUUUAGAGAUAAAACAUACAAGGAAACCCCCUAUGGAUGUGCCGCUGUGAGUGUUUCUAUCCGAUCGUCGUUUCCGUCAUCCUGAUAAUGAAGAAGAGGACUGUAUCUGAGAAGAAACUUGAGGAAUUGUGUGACCUCAUUUGAAGGAAUUGUGUUCUAGGUCGUUCGGUAACAGUCCCAACCUUAAAGGAAUUUAAAUUCUGGCUACUUCUGUCUUCUUUUGUGAGGUGAUGUGAGUUACUACCUUGGAUGAAGAUUUACAGCAGGAUUGUAAUGUAUUAAUGCCGAGGUGGAACAGUACCUAUUUUUGUUGUUGUUGUUGAACUUUUCAAGAUGUGCUGGAUGUACCAAAUGUUUCACAACAAGGGGGAAUCUCUAUGGGUAAUUUUUUCCUGAAUCUCAUCGAUUUAACCAUGGUGAAACUUACCAAUCCUCUAUAUACAGAGUGGAUUCUAGAAGCAAUACAGAAAAUCAAAAGGCAAAAACAGAGGCCUUCCGAGGAGCGGAUUUGCCAUGCGGUGGCCACCUCGCACAGAUUGGGCAAGCGGACCGUUCUGGAACAGUUGGAUUUAAGUGUUCAUGAUGGUUCCAUUCUCAAAGUCACCAAUAAGGGGAACGUGUCGUACAAAGACCCCGAGCACCCUGGGAGAGGAUUAUUAUCAUCAUCAUCAUCAUCAUCAUCGCUCAAACCUGUAAGUGCAAACCUCUCUAUUCCAUCAUCUAAAGGAUCUAUAUGGAAACCGAGUGACCUACGCCACGUUGAUUGGAAUAAAGUCCUGAGGAGGGCCAUCGAGGGUCUGGAUGAUAGCCGUGGUUCCUCUCUGAAGAACAUCCAGAGGUACCUAAGGAACCAGGAUGAUCCAUCACACGUCCAGGACAACCCAGGGUUCCAGCAGAGGUUACGGCUGGCCGCUAAAUGGGCGGUCAAAAACGGCCGGCUGGCGAAGGAUGGUCCGCGCUACAGGUUGAACCAAGGGGUUGAUGGAGCUGAGGGUAGGAGCCAGAGUUGUCCAGGUGCUUCCCCAUUGGCUCUUCUGUGUGUCACUCUUCUUCCACAUGAGAGAGACCAGCUACGCGCUGACCCCAUCCCAAUAUGCAGUUUCUGUUUGGGAACGAAAGAGUCCAAUCGGGACAAGAGGUCAGAGGAGCUUCUGUCCUGUGCAGACUGUGGAAGCAGCGGGCACCCGUCUUGUUUGAAGUUUUCCCCAGAGCUGACCACUAACGUCAAGAGAUUGCGAUGGCAAUGUAUAGAAUGUAAAACAUGUAGCUCCUGUCAAAUACAAGGCAGAAACGCUGAUGAGAUGCUGUUCUGUGACUCCUGUGAUCGAGGGUUUCACAUGGAGUGCUGCAACCCGCCUCUCUUAAGGAUGCCAACAGGUACCUGGGUCUGUCAGGUCUGCAGGCCCAAGGAAAAUGGAAAGACAUUUCUGCAUAUGAAAGCCGAUCAGAUCAAACGUCGAUAUGCAAAGCCAAUCGGAAGGCCCAGAAAUAAGCUCAAACAAAUAAUGUCUGGAAGCAGUGGUGACGGCUCCGUGCUAGCCCGGGGAGGAAGGGGGUCACCUGGUAGGGGCCAAAAGCUUACCGUCUGUUCCACACCUUCAUCUGGUCAUGCAGCAUCUGUGAAGAACGCCACAGACAGAUUGGCUGUUGCUAUAGCUGACCCCUGUUGGGCAGGUGACGCUGUCACCCCUCCUCCCCAAUUCACCACCUCCUCCUCCACCCUCUCCACCACUCCCCCCCUCACGCCCACCUCGUCCUCCUCCUCCACCCCAGCAGCUAUACUCACCGUUAACAAGAAAACCAAAGGGCUUAUCGAUGGGCUUUCCAAAUUCUUUACACCCUCGCCUGUCGGUCGUAGGUCGUCGCGAGCCGGCGAGAUCUUAGACCCCUCAGCCUCGAAAGGGUCACAGUCUUGUUGUCCAGCUAGGAAAAAGCCUGUCCCUCCGCCAGAACUAUGGAAACUAAGUCCAUCUCCGUCAGUUGUUGUUGGCAUGGCUGCAAAGCUAACCACCACCACCCUAUCUCCCUGUACACUCCCCCUCUCUCCCCCACCCACGUUGCCUGGACAGGGCUCCACCACCUCCCAGGUAUUCUCCACCUCUGCCCACUCCCCCCAGAGUUCUUCCAGACAGUCUAGCGUCCCCUCCCUUACUAUUUUGUCUGAUCACAACCAGCUUAAGGGACUCUUUGACGGACUCUCCCAUAUCUAUACCACUCAGGGACAGUCUGGGAAAAAGGGACUGCCUUGCUAUGCAGCACUUAAGCGCAGGCACCAUAAGGCAUCCAAAACGUGUCCUCUCAUUCCCCAUCCUUCCCAGCAGCACCUUGGAAAGAGAGAGAGAAUAAAGAAUCGGUUGCUGUUGUUGUCCCAUUCGUCUCCUAACGCCUCUUCCCAUCCUGGGCGCGGCCGGCCAAGGGGCCGCCCCUUUAAGUUGGUCAGUCAUUUCAGACGUAACCCCUUUUUCAAAAAGCACAGAACGCUAGGCAGGCUAAGAUGUAGAAUGACCGCUCAGAAGGGAACCCAGGAAACACCAGGAAAGGGAGACAUGACAGACGAAGGAAGAAUUAAGACAGAGCACCAUCAUGGCAGUGAAGUGGGGCUGAGGGUGAAGCAGGAACCUGGUUUUGUAGCCGUCUCCAGGGAACAUGUCACAGAGGAAGACGUGGAGAUAUUCACACAGGUCCAAGAGCUCUCGUCGCAGAGAAAUGGAACCAUGACCAUCACUGACUCUGGACGAUUCCCUGCCUUCAUAGAGUUUGGGAAGUAUUGUAUCCAAACCUGGUACUCUUCUCCUUACCCACCUGAAUACUCGAGAUUGCAAAAGCUUUACCUGUGUGAGUUCUGUCUGAAGUACAUGAGAAGCAAAAACAUCCUACAGCGACACGCCAAGAAGUGUGGCUGCUUUCACCCUCCGGCCAAUGAGAUUUACAGGAAGGACGACCUUUCAGUGUUCGAGGUUGAUGGAAAUGUCAGCAAGCUCUUCUGCCAAAACCUCUGCCUGCUAGCCAAGCUGUUCCUCGAUCACAAGACCCUGUAUUACGACGUGGAGCCUUUUCUUUUUUACAUACUAACAAAGAACGACGACAAAGGAUGUCACAUCGUGGGUUAUUUCUCCAAGGAAAAGCUUUGCCAGCAGAAGUACAAUGUCUCCUGUAUAAUGAUCAUGCCUCAGUACCAAAGGCAAGGCUUUGGAAGGUUCCUCAUUGAUUUCAGUUACCUUCUCACGAGGCAGGAAGGACAAGCUGGCUCCCCAGAGAAGCCUCUGUCAGAUCUGGGUCGCUUAUCCUACCUGGCAUAUUGGAAAAGUGUCAUGGUGGAGUACCUCUAUAAGCAGCCAGAUAAACACAUCAGCAUUAAAGGAAUAAGCAAGGCCACUGGGAUGUGCCCACAUGACAUUACUGCUACUCUCCAAAACCUACGCAUGAUUGACAGACGGGACGGCAGGUUUGUGGUGAUCCGAAGAGAGCGAUUGAUCCAGAGACACAUGGAGAAGCUGCGAGUCACCCCCAGGCUGAACCAGGUCGACCCUGAUGCCCUGCACUGGAACCCCGCUGUGGCCCUCAACUCUGUCCUGUCUGAGGAGGAGAGAGAGGCUGAGAUGGAUGCUGAGCGACUUAAGGAGCAGGCUAGUUGUUGGGAGAAGGAGGAGAGAGAGGUGGUCUACCUGAUGACUCACCCUCGUCCUCCCACUAAGGUCUACAGUAAGAAGCCCUACAGAACCUACCAGCGUCGCCCCAACGCUGGUGAACAAGGCCUGCACGUCUCUGAGGAGUGCAGUGAGGACGAUGAGGAUGGUUUCGAUUGGUCGCUACCCAUCCUAGCAAAGGCCCACGCCGUACUUGGAGUCAAGAGAAAGAGAGAUGAGAGAGUUCUGGUCCUCAAGAAGAGGGGUCAGGAGAGGAGAGGGAUAAGUAGCAGUGUGACAACUGAGACCAUCUCGGAGACGACCGAGGUUCUGAAGGAACCGUUUGCCAACUCGUCGGACGAGAGGCCCCUGUUGGAGAGGACCCGCAGGGUGGGAGAGACGGAGGAGGAGCUGCUUAGGAAACCAGUAAAGAGACGCAGAGGUCGUCCACGGCUAGAGAAAAACAUGUACGGAGACAAUCACUGGAACGAAGGGGCUGGUGUGCUAGUGAAGAAACCGGGCAGACCUCGAGCAGUAAAGCGCAAGAAGGGCUGGCCCAAAGGAGUGAAACGGGGGCCUCCAAAAUGGCGUCUGAAGAAGGAGAGGAAGAUGGGAUUCAAGCUGAACCUGUACACACCCCCGGAGACGCCACUGGAGGCCGAGGAGCCCCACAUCCAGGCCGAAGAGCCAAAGGAGGAGCUGGACCAGGCCCCUCCCAUCACGGAGGCAGGGUUAGAGCCCGGCAGAGGCCUGGCCAGCCGGGAGAUGGACAAGAAGUUAGACCUGGAGCCUUCAGAGCCCCAAAGUCCCAUGGAGGAAGAGCACUCCCCUGGGUUGUCUCCUGUGACUUCUCCCAUGGCCUGCUCUCUGGUAGCCUCCCCUAUAGCCUCUAGAGCUAGCUCCCCCGUCUGCUCCCCUGUCUGCUCCCCUGUCUGCUCCCCCGUCUGCUCCCCCGUCUGCUCCCCCGUCUGCUCCCCCGUCUGCUCCCCCGUCUGCUCCCCCGUCUGCUCCCCCGUCUGCUCCCCCGUCUGCUCCCCUGUCUGCUCCCCCGUCUGCACCCCCAUCUGCUCCCCUGUCUGCUCCCCUGUCUGCUCCCCUGUCUGCUCCCCUGUCUGCUCCCCUGUCUGCUCCCCCGUCUGCUCCCCCAGUCGUGACAACAGUCAGGAGGUGUCAGAGCCACCAGAGGAUGACCCACAGGACAAGGAGGACGGGGCCUCUCCAUCCCCCUCUCUGUCUCCACCCAAAGAGCUGAAACACAGCACUGAACAAUCAGCUGAGGAGGAAGAGGCCACGCACCUGGAUGCGGACGAUGAAGACGAAAGUCACAUUGAGUCGACAGCAGAGCUAGAGAAACACGGAGACGUGCAGCAGCAGGAGCCAGGACCUUGUAAGGAGCCUCCUAAAGCCCAGUCCUACGUCACGGCGGCUUUUCUCCAUCUGAACCGUGAGGAUUCUGAACGAUGUCAGGAGGAGGAGUCCAUAGUCGUGGCUUAUAGGUGCGAGCAGCCUGCCAACACCGGAGAAGAGAGAAGUAAACAUAACCAGGACCAGUCACCUACAACAUCAGCAGCAGUAGCUGUAGUCUCUGACCACCCUGUUGACUCAGAGAGCAGCAGUCAGGAAGCUCCUCACCAGCCACAGCAGACACAGAACGCUAGAGAGACGCUUGGAGCGCUGAGUCCUGUCGUCGUACUAACAGACAGAGAGGAGAUGGAUCCCCCGGUGUACCCUGAGCCUGAUGUGGACCAGGAGACGGCCCAGGCCGUACAGAGCCUCACCCAGGAGACGGAGCGCGACCCAGAGACGGAUAGCGUCAGCUCUGUGUUCCACCAGGACUGUGUGGAGAGAGAGACCCAGGAGGUGUGCCGGAGCCUGCAGACUUACACCCACCACGUGACCCCCCAGAGUCCCUCUCACACCCUAACUUCACUGGACGAAGGCUGCCCCCAGUCUGACCACAGCAGCCCCCUGUCCUCGGCCCACUCACACCCCAGCCAGUCAGUGCGCUCCGUCAGCAGUCCGGCUGUGUCCAUCCUAGAGAGUAGUGGAGGCAGCGUUCCGGCUGUGUCCAUCCUGGAGAGUAGUGGAGGCAGCGUUCCGGCUGUGUCCAUCCUGGAGAGUAGUGGAGGCUACACCCAGAUUAGCCCAGACCACGCCUCAAUCUCUGUCCCCUCCUCCCUCCACAACAUGGCAACCAGCCCCAUGAUGGAUGUGCCGUCAGUGUCAGACCACUCGUCCCAGCAGGUGGUGGACAGCGGCUUCAGUGACCUGGGCUCCAUCGAGAGCACCACAGAGAACUACGAGAACCCCAGCUCCUAUGACUCCACUCUGGGGGGCAGCAUCUGCGGUGGGGCCGGGGGUCCCUCUCAGAACAGCUGCUCCUACGGGCCCCUCCCCCCUAGCGGCCUGGCGCAGAGCAGCUGUGCCGUCAACCCUGGCAGCUGUGGUAUGAUUCAGCAGAAUAACCUGAGCUCCCCGCAGCACUGCAACGUCAAGUCACCACAGGGCUGUGUGGGAGUGGUGGAGAGACCACCGAGUCAUAGCCAACACAGUCAUAGCCAACACAGUCACAGCCAACACAGUCACAGUCAUACAAUCCCACACAACCCCUAUGGCCAUACUAGGCACACAAUCACUCCACACAGUCUGCCUCACGGUGCGCCACACAAUCAACACAGCCAGCUAACGCAACACAACCCAUACACACACCCUGCACACAGCCAGCUACAUAGUGUACGACACAAUCAGCUCAGCCAGCACGGUCAACACACCCUUCACACUCAACACGGCACCAGCCAGCACAGCCACUGUCAACAGCAGACCAUGGCACAGUGUGUCAUUCCCACCAACUUCACAGUGCCCAUGCAGCUCGCUGACAGCCCAGAUUCAGGAAGCUCCAACCUGAGCAGCUUCUACGACAGGAUGAACCAGGAGGGUUAUAGCAGCGGACAUUACUCCCAGCCCUCGGCCACCUUCAGCCUGGCCAAACUACAACAGUUGACCAACACCCUGAUCGACCACCCUCAUUCGCUGCCUUUCAACCACUCAGCCUCCCACCCCCACACCAUCACAUCCUAUACAAACAGUGCCUCCCUGUCAUCACACUCUCAGCACUCUGGCCUGGUGUCUCUAUCCCAGUCCCCACAUCCCCAUGUCCCCCACGGGGUCACCUCUCACCCUGGGGCCUCCCAGGUCCAAGUACAGGCCACCAUGACACCCCCUCCGCCCUCCUCCCACCCCCUUAGCUCCCCUCAGAUGAUGCUGCAACGCAACGCCAUGGGUAUCCCCAACAUCACCCCCUCCCAGAGGACUCUACAGGCUCAGAUGGCCUCCGUGGGACACAAGGGCCCCACACACAUCUCCAUGCGCUCCAAGUCAGUGGCCCCCGGUCACUCCGCCCACCAGCAGCAGAUGUACAGCCAUGCCCACGGGGCCCCCCAGACAGUCUCCAUGCAGGCCCCCUCAUCCCGGACACUUGCUGCCAUGCCCAGGGGCAUGAACUUGGGCACAGUCAACAUCAUGCCAGCCUCCUACAACCACGCUGUGAACAUGCCCACUGCCGCCGCCAUCAACCACGCCAUUAAUGGCUACCGCGUCAACGGUGGUUACCCCGGCAGCCAGAUGUCGAGUCAACAGAUGGCUGCGGCCUACAUGAACCAGUCGCCCGGGUCCCAGUACGCCUCUAUGCAGAUGGGCAUGAUGGGAACACAACCAUACCCCCAACAGCCCAUGCAGGCUCCACCCCACGGCAACAUGAGGUUCUCUUCAGCUGGUCACCAUGGAUACAUGACCAACGCCGGACCUAUGUCCAAGCAGACACUCAAAGGGCCUUUCAUCAGACGGUAACCCACGGUUACUAACAUAACAGUUAACGAAACGAUAACUACCGACAGACUGAAUCAAUCUGACUGGAUGUUUAAAUCACACAAAUGUGCAUUAUUAAUUGUUAUUCUUAUUACUAUUAGUCCCUGAUGCACACAUUUGGCCUUUUUGGUUGUUGAUAAUGUUUGUUUGUUGUAAUUUUGUUAAUAGUUACUUAAAAACCAGCACUUGGAAAGAAUGCAUCAAGUUUGAUCAACAAGCAAACUUUCUACAAAAAGCUACUAUCUAUCUAUGUCAAAGUAUUUUUGUUCCUAACAGAUGGGAAGCCUUACGUCAUAAAGAUGAACAUUUAUUUAAUUAGUAUUAGUUUCCCUGAUCAGUCCGUAGGGCAGGCAGGGUAGGGGGCCGGGGGACGGGCGAGAGAUUUCAUCACCUGGAGGGAGAGCGUGAGUGUAGUUAUGUAGCAGCCUCAAAACGAAGCCAUCUAAUGUGCCUGCUACAAACAGACUUAAACAAGUGUAUAUUUCUACAACCUGUUCAGUGUACCUGUCUAACAGUGCUGACAAUUAGUUUGUACUAUACUCAUGCCUUUGUAUAUUUAAAUUAUUGUAGUUAUUUUGUAAAGUGACAAUUAGCAUGCAUCGGUCUUCGGUCUCCAUUAGUAACAGUGUUGUGCUUAAUAGCAAGACAUUUUAAAGACAUUUUGGCCUUUGUUAGGUUCCCCUCGCUUACAAAGCGGGGGAGAAAGAUGAAACUAUAUUUUGUUAAUUCUAAUAAUACUGUAAAACAAAAAAAGUGUCAACUUCUUUAAUCCUGUUGUUCUGUAACGGUUGAGAGGUUUUAUUACCAUAUAUGUAUAAUUCUGAAGUCUUUUCUAACAGAUAUCUUUGAGGCAGCGUUCUGUUUUAUAAUACAGGAGACUUCUGGCAAGAUACAUAAGCAUAUUGCACCCCUCACUCUGAUUUUGUUUUUAAAUUUCAGAGGUGUACCAAUGUCGAAAAGUGUUGACAAAAAAAAUAAUAAUAAUAAAGAAAUAUAAAUUUAGUCCAAAGUUGAUAUUUUACAAUUUCUUUAAAAAAGUUACAUUUUCAUUCCAUCUGUAGAUUUGUUUUCUAUCUUGAUAAAAUGUUGGAUUUAUAUUUUACAAAGUGUAGAAGAAGAGAGGAUGUAAAUAUACCAAACUAAGCUAACAGAUUGCAUGUAAAAAGCCACUUGUACUUGUGUUUUUGUUCAUAUUGCUCUUUUGUAGCCUUUGUACCUGUACAGAACGGCUGGUAGGGACAGUCACAGGGGGAGACCUGGCUAUGUGCACAAACAAUUGGACAGAAUGACAGUCUUGUAUUUAUGACUUUUCUCCUUUGGCAGUCACUUAUAAAUGCUGUACAUUUUAGCAUAAAAUAAAUGAUGAUUGACCAUG